AAGAGAGCCGGCGCGCCGGGAACCGCCGAGGUGCUCCGAGGGGGCCUGGGCGCUCAAGGUGAGACGGCACGGGCUCGCGGGGCUCCGAUGGGGUAGCUGUCCAGUCCGUGGCCAGGCUGGACUCCUGCGGCCGCGCGAACGGCCGAAACGGCAACUCUGCUUCUACAGAUCUGCUGCGGCUGGGGAGGGGGCAGAAGAGGGGGAGAGGGCGCGCUCCCCAAAUCCUCUCCACGCGGGCGGAUCUGGGCUCUAAGACCAAGAGCAUCGGUCAGUCAACGCCUGCAGACCAGGCCAGGCAUUCCAGCAAGUCGUCCGUCCUAAGAUCCUUUCAGAGUCCUCGGGGAGACCCACCCCCCGGAGCUCCUCGUGAGACCUCGGGGUCUCACCGCCCUCGAGCCCCUCCCGCGCCCCGCCGGAUCCCGGAUUGCUCCGCUAGGGACGUUCCACCAGGAGGAGGCGAGCGGCUCGGGCGGCCAGGCACGCAUUGUUUAGAAGGGGCGAAGCUAGCGUCGAAGUGUAUGUUUCAGAUUCAAUUAAACAUGAACAUUCAUGCUUUGGAGACUCCAACUAUUGGAAGAGGCUUUCUGAAAAUUUUGUGAAAGCACUAAAAAUUGACAAGAGCAUCCACCUCCCCCGAACAGCCCUCCCAAAAUGGCUGCUUUUGGACACACAUUCCCCUUCUACACUGGCCCCAAGCCGACCUUCCCAACGGACACCACCUUGGCCGUCAUCACUGCCAUCUUUCUGACUUCACUGGUUACCUUCAUCAUUAUCCUGCCGGGCAUUCGGGGCAAGAUGAGGCUGUUCUGGAUGCUGCGAGUAGUGACCAGCCUGUUCAUUGGAGCUGUGAUCCUCGCUGUGAAUUUCAGUUCUGAGUGGUCUGUGGGCCAGGUCAGCACCAACACAUCAUACAAGGCCUUCAGUUUCGAACGGGUCAGCGCCGACGUUGGGCUGCGGAUUGGGCUGGGAGGAGUCAACAUCACGUUCACAGGGACCCCAGUGCAGCAGCUGAACGAGACCAUCGAUUACAACGAGCAGUUCACCUGGCGCCUGGGGGAGAGCUACGCCGAGGAGUAUGCAAAGGCACUGGAGAAGGGGCUGCCGGACCCCGUGCUCUACCUGGCGGAGAAGUUCACCCCACACAGCCCAUGUGGCCUGCACAGCCAGUACCGCCUGGCGGGACACUACACCUCGGCCACACUGUGGGUGGCAUUCCUCUGCUGGCUGCUGGCCAAUGUGAUGCUGUCCAUGCCUGUGCUGCUCUACGGUGGCCACAUGCUGCUGGCCACAGGCGUCUUCCAGCUGUCAGGACUGCUGUUCUUCUCCAUGGCCACAUCACUCACCCCGCCCUGCCCCCUGCGCCUGGGUACUGCCACACUGCACACUCACCGUGGGCCUGCCUUCUGGAUCACGUUGGCCACAGGACUGCUUUGUAUGCUGCUGGGCCUGGCCAUGGUGGUGGCCCACAGGAUGCAGCCCCACAGGCUGAAGGCUUUCUUCAGGCAGAAUAUGGGAGAGGACCCUGUGCUGGAGUGGAAUCCUGAGGAAGGCGGACUCCUGAGCCCUCGCUACCGGUCCACAGUGGAGAGCCCCGAGCCCCGGGACAUUCCUCUGUCAGAGGCUUCCUCCGAGGCACCCUGUGAGGAUCCUCACUGUGCCCUGUAAAGAUCUUCUUGGUGGCCACCUGGACUUCCAGUCUGGCUCCAGACUUCACUGGAACCCAAAAAAAAACCCCACCAGGACUGCCUGCAGGAUGGAUUGUAUCAGGUUCCCAGCCCCAAUCUGUAGGUGGAGUAGGAAAAGAGGCUCUACCUAUUAAUGUUAAAAAGUGAAACAAAACAAAAAGCCCUAAGGCAGACAUUGGGGCUGCCCAUAAACCCUGCUGUCAUGAUUAAGACCAACCAGGGGCUGCCCUUGUUUCUGCCCAGCAACCCUGCCCUCCCUUGGCGCUCUGCCUCUUCAAGGUGCCAUUUACUGAAACCCAGCUUCACCCACAUAAUGACAUAUGUGGGGGGGGGGAGGGGUUUACAAUGUGAUUCUCCUAUGGUCCCUCUGCAUCUCUUUUCCUUUUUCCUGGGUCCUUUACUUCCCCAGCUUGUGUGAUCCCUUGGUACAACGAAAGUACUGUGAGGGAGAAGAGACCAAACUUCUUGUCUUAGAUCUAAUAUUAACCGAUUGUGCCACAUUCUCUCUGAGCUUCAGUUCUCAAAUUUGCCAAAUAAGAUUGUAGAAUUUGCCAAGGACCACCCCCCCCCCCCCAAAAAAAAAUCCCUGGAUUUACGUCUUUAUGCCUUGCUGGCAUCCAUCCACCUUGGCCUUCAGACGCUACCCCUUUAAUAAAUAAACUGAAGUCAGGGAA